AUGGAUUCACCAGCAACCCCAUUUCAUGCUAAGUCAAGAACCAUCUACGAAGGACUAUGCAAUCUAGUGGAUUUGGACCCAAUUCAUGAAAAGGUUUCGUUCGUGGGACUAGGGAAAGCCAUCUUCCCGACACCACUCUACCCUGCUGAAGCAUUUUCGGCACUGCAUGCAGCAAUAUGUCGUGUAGCUGAUGAGAUAUGGCGCUUGAGAACUAAACGAGACUUGGUUCCCAUCACUAUUGAUACUGAUUCAGCUACCCUAUCGCCAUUCAGUACUUUUUUGGUCAAGAUUAAUGGUGAAUCUUUGAUGCCUUGGUCGGCAGCCCAACUGCCACUUCAUCAUGUGCCCUUUGCAAGUUUCUUGACUGAUUUUUGGGAGACAAAUGAUGGAAUUAUAUAUAUUAGCCAAAACUUCAAAGAAGGGCUGGUGCUCAAGCUACUCGGUAUUGAUAUGACGGUGGAAGCUUUUCGAGCGCUGAGCCGAGAGCAAGUUCAAACCUUAAUUGCUUCAAAAACUCGUAAAUGGAAGUCCCAUGACCUGGAAGAUGCGCUUGCAAAAGUGGGCGGAUGUGCUGUAAUACCUCGCACGUUUGCACAGUUUGCAGGUACAGAACAGGGAAAGGUCCUCUUGACUCUAGCUCCUGUGGUGGUGGAAAAGCUAAACUCGACAGCGAGUGCACCAAAACAAUUCUGUGUUUCUCCUGUGAAACAUCCGAUUGUUAGGCCAUUAUCAGGAAUUCGUAUUGUCGAGCUCACGAAGGAGUUAGCUGGUCCUACGGUUGGACGAAUUUUGGCAGAGUUUGGAGCCGAGGUUAUUCGAAUCAGCCCUAUAGGUCAAACUCACAUACCGGCGUUUUUGGUGGAUUUGAAUUUUGGUAAAUGGACGACACACAUAAAUGCUAAGGAUCCGAAAGAUUACGCUCUUUUGAAGAAUCUAAUCCAAGGGGCGGAUGUCUUCUUGCAAGGACUGAAGUGGGGCAGCACUGAAAAGCUCAAUCUUGGAAUUUUGGAUAUUCUACAGAUGGUGGAGGAAAGGAGUGUUGGAAUUGUUUACGUUAGUGAGAACUGUUAUGGACAACGAGGACCCUGGUCUGAUCGGCCAGGAUACGAACAACUAGGACAAUGUAUGAGCGGGCUUGUAUAUGAUCAAGCCCGAUACUACGAGAAGGGAGUAAAUGGACAGUUGGAACCUCGAUUCGUACCGUUGACCAUUUUAGACCACGGAACUGGCUACUUGUGUGCUUUGGGAGCAAUGACAGCUUUAUGGAAACGAUAUGAACGUGGUGGAUCUUAUAACGUCUUUGGAUCGCUGUGCCAGACAUCUAUCUGGCUUCGUAACCAAGGUUUUAGACCAGAUGAAGAAACUGUGGCUCUCUUCAAGAACUUUCCGCCACUACCACCUAGAGGCAAUAUCGGGUCUCCUAUAGUCAUGCCAAAGGUGCUUCAGAUGUACUCUGCAGCAUUGAAGCGGGCUGAAGAGGUGUCUGAAGAUGGGCCAUACGGGAAAGUUACGUAUCUAGGAGGCGCAUGGUCGAUGGAGGGCAUUAAACUGGGAUUUGAUAUUCCAACGCGACCUUUAGGCGUUGAUCCACCGUAUUGGCCAUCACGUUUAUAG